AAUAAGCAACUUUUUCGGAUGAGGAGGGACUUGGUUCAGCUUGCAUAUUGCAUGCUUAUCACAUGAACCUAAUAUUAUUAAUAUAUAAAUUAAGGGUGAACCUCCAAUUCGAAGUUGGAAGUGGGAAAAGAAAAAUGGGCAGCUCCGUUUUGGGAUGUGCGUCGUCUUUGUAGCUGCUCUUCUGAAUUUUGACUUUUUGGGUAAUGGCGUCUGAAACGGCGUCAUCAGUGGACGAAGCCACCGUUGUUUCUUCAGUGGUCACAACAGCAGCUGAUAAGAGAGGCAAGCACCGGAUUGGCGCCCAACUCAAGCGUGUUGAACAGGAAUGCAGAUUCUUAGAGGAAGAAUUGGAAGAGUUUCAAAGAACAGAGAAUGUCUCAACCUUAUGUGAGGAAUUGUUGCGCAACAUAGAAAUGAUUCCCGAUCCACUACUCCCACUCCAUCAAUUUAUUUUUAUUCAGAACAAAUGGCCCUGUAAACCCAUUAUGGGAUCAGUGGUUUGAAGGACCCCAGGAUUCACAACGUUGCAGGUGCCGGAUUCUUUAACUAAAAGGGGAUCUAAUUUUUGUUGCCAUUUGUUGCGUGAGGCUUCAAGAUAUACUUCUUAUUGGCCACAUUCAUAAGUUACAUUGAAGUUUUUGUUUAGCAGAUGUUUGAUUAAAAUUUUCACCACCUUUGAGUGUAGUUUGAUCAUAUUUGAUGCACAAUUUCCCAUCUAUGCUGAUAAAUAUUGUACAUGAAAUGUAUGUAGUCCGGAAAUUCUUAAGAUUUCAAACA